AUGCCCCCCGACAACACGCCUCCCCGGACCCCGCCCGACGCCGGCCCCGGCCACCCGAGCUCUCCAGUAUGGCAAGACGACGAGUCCUUCUCAUUCUCAUCCGACAGCCUGGACUGGCAACCGCCCGACAUGUCCUUCGCCACCUCGCAGGACAUCACGGACGACUCGAUCGAGCUCCGAACCCCGCCAGGCAGCGACGACGAUCCCCACAUUCCCCUCCUGAACCACGGCGAGGCGUCCAUCGCUUACCCUCUCACCUUCGACGACUGGAGCGACCUCGAAGACGUCUCGUUCGUGAGCGAGGUGCCGACCGAGCCGUACCCCUCUUUCUUCGAUCCUGUCGGCAACAACGACCUCGGCGCUGUGAUUACGCAGGCGGCUGACCGGGCAUCUGACGACGUCAUGGACGCUAUGAACACGAUGGACUUUUCGGGCGUCACGGAGCUCAGUGUGCGGCUGAUGGUCGUGUCGGUCGUGCUCGAGAUGCGCGACGAAUCUCGGCGGUCCGGUCCAGCCGCGACGUUCAACGAGUGGGAGUCUCGCCGGAUUCGCCAGUUCAGCGGCGUGUACCGCAAGGCAUGUGCCCAUACGCUGCCGCGCUGA